AUGACUACUCUAUUAUCUCUAUCUAAUUUAUUACUAUUACAUAUAAUAACAGAUAUUGAAGAUAACGUAGAUAUAAUAUGUUUGUUGUUAACUUGUAAAAAGUUAUACAGUCAAAAUAGUAGUGAGAAUAGUGUAUCAGGUCAUCAAGUUAUGAUACCUAAAUGUUAUCGUCCCGAUGACUAUCCCACAUGGAUACAAGAUCGUAUAACCGCUGGUCCAAAGAAGAUAGUCGAUAAAAGUAGAACCAUUAUAACAACAGCGUUAAUGAAUGAUUUCGAACCAUUAUCAAUAGAUUCACUAUACAAGAUACCAUCAAUCGAGACACUAUUCAUCAAUAACCAACAAAGGGAAACUGUGGUAGAUCUAUCCUCCAUCUCACGGUUACCAAAUCUUCAACGACUUGAAGUUUGCUCUCGUUGGUUUAAAAUUGGUGGCCAAAAUACAUCACUAAACUCUCUAAAACUAUAUAGAUCUGUCAAAUACUCUCUCAGUGACUUGGCACUCACCAAUCGCUGGAAGAGUUGA